GAACACACUAAAUAAUUUCUGGUCGUUCGAAAACUCGCACCGCCCUCUCUUCUUUCUUCUGUUAUACUUAAGAUUCCCUCUAAUCUUUUCCUCUUCACCUUAAUCCUACUCUCUUGUUGUACAUGUGUACACGGCAUUCCUCAAAGCCUCCAUUAUCAAACUUCUGUGACAUACACCACAACCAUUAUCUCCCAUAAUGCCUUCAUCGACCAAGAUGCGCUGGACUCCCGAAGCUGACCAGCUUCUUCUGCUGAAGAUCCUAGAAACACAUAACCUCUCCGUGAACUCGAAGAAAGUGGCAGAAGCAUGGCCCGUCGCCGAAGGCCAAGACGGCCCGACUCCUCGAGCCAUCAGCGAGCGACUCGUCAAAAUCCGUAACAUGGCCGGGACGUCCUUCAGCAUCAGCAAGGGCAACAAGAGUACCACCACACCCAACACCACCCCACGCAAGCCUCGCACCAAGAGCGUCCCCUCAACCCCCAGCUCAACCAAGCGCAAGCGAGAAGACACUGUCAAGGCAGAGCCUAUCCCCACCGACUCCUUCAUCAAGAGCGAGACAGAAGGGGCCAGCGGAUCGUCAUCUCCCCUCAAGAUGGAGGUCGAUGACACCACUCCCAUCGACCUCGACACGAUUUUGGAAACCCCGACCAAGAAAACUCCGCUCGCUCACGCAAUGGGGGGUGCGGCCAACCAGCUGUCCCCUGGUUAUACCCUGUACAUGCCUCCCCGGGGUGCUGCAGUCCUGCAAGUCUCGCCGUCGAAGCGGGUGCGCAAGCCGGCUGCUCCGGCUCCAGGCAUGAUUAAUUGGACUAGCUACGACGGAGACGAGCAAGAGGUUGAGAUCGAGAGCUCGGCAUCAGAGUACUAUCCCGAGAAUGAGAUGGUUCAGAUGCCUCGCAGUCGGGGGGUGAGUUAUGUCUAACCUGGGAUAAAGGAUUGCCGGGUUUGUGGGUUCAUUCCUAGAUCCGGCUCAGAGAUUGUGCUGUUGUGUCAUCUUGCUACGUGUGUUUUUACUGAGACUGUGCGUACACCUGGAAUCCCAUUGUACUUUACCAUACCGAG